GUCCAAACCCAGCGCCUGCGCGUGCUUAAAGCACCGGGAGCAGAGAGCAAUCCGGCAGUCUGAGCAGCCCCAGCCCUUGACACGACCUGGACUACGCGCCACUACGGUCUUCCCGGCAUGGAGGGCGAAUGCCGGGUGCUCUCCAUCCAGAGCCAUGUUGUCCGCGGCUACGUGGGCAACAGAGCGGCCAUGUUCCCUCUGCAGGUUUUGGGAUUUGAGGUUGAUGCCGUGAACUCUGUGCAGUUUUCAAACCACACAGGCUAUGCCCACUGGAAGGGCCAGGUGCUGACGUCCCAGGAGCUGCAUGCGCUGUACGAAGGUCUCAAGGCAAACAGUGUCAACAAGUAUGACUACGUGCUCACUGGUUACACGAGAGACAAGUCCUUCCUGGGCAUGGUGGUGGAUAUCGUGCAGGAGCUGAAGCAACAGAACUCUCGACUCGUGUACGUGUGCGACCCUGUGAUGGGCGACAAGUGGAACGGAGAAGGCUCCAUGUACGUUCCCCAGGACCUGCUUCCCGUGUACAGGGAGAAAGUGGUACCCAUGGCCGACAUCAUCACUCCCAACCAGUUUGAGGCUGAGUUGCUGAGUGGCAGAAAAAUCCACAGCCAAGAAGAAGCAUUUGCGGUGAUGGAUGUGUUGCACCGCAUGGGUCCUGACACUGUGGUCAUCACCAGCUCUGACCUGCCCUCCCCAAAGGGCAGCGACUACCUGAUGGCGCUGGGAAGCCAGAGGAUGAGGAAGCCUGAUGGCUCCACAGUGACCCAGCGCAUCCGGAUGGAGAUGCGCAAGGUGGAUGCCGUCUUCGUGGGCACCGGGGACCUCUUCGCUGCCAUGCUUCUGGCGUGGACACACAAACACCCCGACAACCUCAAGGUGGCCUGUGAGAAAACGGUGUCUGCCAUGCAGCAUGUCCUGCAGAGGACCAUCCGGUGUGCAAAAGCCGAAGCAGGAGAAGGACAGAAGCCCAGCCCGGCUCAGCUGGAGCUGAGAAUGGUGCAGAGCAGGAAGGACAUCGAGGACCCCGAGAUCGUAGUGCAGGCCACGGUGCUGUGAGGGCCGUGCACACUCACCCUGACACACACCGAGCUGAGGUGUCCGUCUCCAUCCCUGUGAAAAGCUGUAAAGUCUGCCUUAGAGCCAUGAUGAAACUUGACAUUGUGUUCCUCCCUGAGAGUCGGGUCUCAGACCGUCUCUGUCCUGAAAAUGUGCCAACGCGCUAUUUUUUUAAAAAAUGACAAAGGCGUCAUCGAAAUGUGUGAUUCAGACCCAUGGCCCCUUCCCUAAAGGCUCUGGGCCUCUGACUGCCUCAUGUUGACUCAUGGGUAUGUGGAAGGUAGGUGGAGGAGGGGAGCCUGCUGCCUCUGGACCCUUCUGUAGGCUACUGACUGCCAUUGCCCUUGUGGAUACACAAUCCAUGAUUGUGCAAAGAC